ACCGGCCUGGGUACAGAGGCCGAGAAAGGGAGGCUGGUGGGUGGGCUUUACGCCAAGGGGUCCUUGGCCUGUGUCGCCGGUGCUGUGUGGGUGGUACUCGGCUUUGGGGGAGACUCUCAGGUCGCCCGGAUCGUUCUUCCCAAUGGGUGAUUGGGAAAAUUAGCGGGUAGAAAAUCUCGAGUGGUGAAGGAAUCUUUUUUCUCCUUGGCUCCGCCCUCUUCCUGUUCUCCCACUGGCGCGGCGGCCCUGCGAGGGGGAAGGGACCCUCGGCGGCCCUGCUGAAGACUGCCCUGCGCACGCGCGAGCCCCAGUGUUCGAGUGUGUGUUUGUGCACGCGCACGCGCGCGCUCCUGCUUUUAGGAAGCCUGGGAAGGACCAGUGUGCGGGGAGAUGAGUGGGGAAAGCUUAGUGCUCUGUCUUUGGUACCAGACGCGCCUGACUGUGCGCUGACUCUCCCCACCCACCCAGGCAGCAGCCUUUGCCAGAGAGGCUGUGGCUCGCAGCCUCUGUUCGUUUUCACUGCAGGACCAGGCACGAAAGUUAAAACAAAAUGAAGAUUUUUUCUGAAUCGCAUAAAACAGUGUUUGUUGUGGAUCACUGCCCAUACAUGGCCGAGUCCUGCAGACAGCAUGUAGAGUUUGAUAUGCUGGUGAAGAAUAGGACCCAAGGCAUCAUUCCUUUGGCCCCCAUCUCUAAAUCAUUGUGGACUUGUUCAGUAGAGUCUUCCAUGGAAUAUUGUAGAAUAAUGUAUGAUAUAUUCCCUUUCAAAAAGCUGGUGAAUUUCAUCGUGAGUGACUCUGGAGCACAUGUUUUAAAUUCUUGGACUCAAGAAGACCAGAAUUUACAGGAGCUCAUGGCAGCAUUAGCUGCUGUCGGGCCUCCUAACCCUCGGGCAGAUCCAGAGUGCUGUAGUAUUCUGCAUGGUCUUGUUGCAGCAGUGGAAACUCUCUGCAAAAUCACCGAAUAUCAGCAUGAAGCCCGUACUUUACUUAUGGAGAAUGCAGAACGUGUUGGAAAUAGAGGGCGAAUAAUCUGCAUUACUAAUGCAAAAAGUGAUAGUCAUGUACGCAUGCUUGAAGACUGUGUCCAGGAAACAAUUCAUGAACAUAACAAGCUUGCUGCAAAUUCAGAUCAUCUCAUGCAGAUUCAGAAAUGUGAGUUGGUCUUGAUCCAUACCUACCCAGUUGGUGAAGACAGCCUUGUAUCUGAUCGUCCUAAAAAAGAGCUGUCACCAGUUUUAACCAGCGAAGUUCAUAGUGUUCGUGCAGGACGGCAUCUUGCUACCAAAUUGAAUAUUUUAGUACAGCAACAUUUCGACUUGGCUUCAACUACUAUUACAAAUAUUCCAAUGAAGGAAGAACAACAUGCUAACACAUCUGCCAAUUAUGAUGUGGAACUGCUUCAUCACAAAGAUGCACAUGUAGAUUUUCUGAAGAGUGGUGAUACCCACUUGGGUGGCAGCAACAGAGAAGGCCCAUUUAAAGAAACAAUAACCUUAAAGUGGUGCACACCAAGGACAAAUAACAUUGUGUUUUCUUCUAUUUCAGAAUUACACUAUUGUACUGGAGCUUAUCGAAUUUCACCUGUAGAUGUAAAUAGUAGACCUUCUUCCUGCCUUACUAACUUUCUUCUAAAUGGUCGUUCUGUUUUAUUGGAACAACCACGAAAAUCAGGUUCCAAAGUCAUUAGUCAUAUGCUUAGUAGCCAUGGAGGAGAAAUUUUUUUGCAUGUCCUUAGCAGUUCUCGAUCCAUUCUGGAGGAUCCACCUUCAAUUAGUGAAGGAUGUGGAGGAAGAGUUACAGACUACCGGAUUACAGAUUUUGGUGAAUUUAUGAGGGAAAACAGAUUAACUCCUUUUCUAGACCCCAGAUAUAAAAUCGAUGGAAGUCUUGAGAUCCCUUUGGAACGAGCAAAAGAUCAGUUAGAAAAACACACCCGUUACUGGCCUAUGAUUAUUUCACAAACCACCAUUUUCAACAUGCAAGCAGUAGUUCCAUUAGCCAGUGUUAUUGUGAAAGAAUCUUUGACAGAAGAAGAUGUGUUAAACUGUCAAAAAACAAUAUACAACUUAGUUGAUAUGGAAAGAAAAAAUGAUCCUCUACCUAUUUCCACAGUUGGUACAAGAGGAAAGGGCCCUAAAAGAGAUGAACAAUAUCGUAUCAUGUGGAAUGAAUUAGAAACACUUGUCAGAGCCCAUAUCAACAACUCAGAGAAACAUCAGAGAGUCUUGGAAUGUCUGAUGGCGUGUAGAAGCAAACCCCCAGAGGAAGAGGAACGAAAGAAACGAGGGAGAAAGCGGGAGGACAAAGAAGACAAGUCAGAAAAAGCAAUGAAAGAUUAUGAACAAGAAAAAUCUUGGCAGGACUCAGAGAGGUUGAAAGGAAUCUUAGAACAUGGGAAAGAAGAGUUGGCUGAAGCUGAGAUUAUAAAAGAUUCACCUGAUUCCCCAGAACCUCCAAACAAAAAGCCCCUUGUUGAAAUGGAUGAAACUCCGCAAGUGGAAAAAUCAAAAGGGCCAGUGUCCUUAUUAUCCCUAUGGUGUAAUAGGAUCAAUACUGCCAAUUCGAGAAAACAUCAAGAGUUUGCUGGACGUUUGAACUCUGUUAAUAAUAGAGCUGAGUUGUAUCAACAUCUCAAGGAAGAAAAUGGGAUGGAGACAACAGAAAAUGGAAAAGCUAGCCGGCAGUGAGAAGGAACUUGAGGAAUGAAAUUUAGUAUAUUGCAAAAAUAUUUUAGGCAGAUUUGAUACAAGUACUUUUACAGCAAGAUUGUAUAGCUAUGUUGCCUGGACUGGUUUUUACAUUUUUAAAAUAUUUCAACAAACUUUUUUGUACUAAUUAUAAAAUUGGCACAUAAACAACAACAUACAUUUGAGAUUUGUCCUCCCAAAUCACAUAAGUUUAUUUUAUGGUAAAAGGUGUUGCCUCUGGAAAUGUUUUUUAAAAAAUUCUUAGGCUUCUCUUUGCCAAAUAAAAAUAUUACAAUAUCUGAAAUGCAUAAUAUUGGAGUAUUACUUUAGACAAAAGGGUAUUAUUCAUUUAAUGAUUAACAACACCCUUCAGAAAUUUUGUAAAAUUUGAUCAGAGUUUAGGUGAUACCAUAUAUAUAGAGAGAGAAAAAAAGAGUACUUUUCUUCAAAUACAGCUUUUGUUUCUUUGUUUGUUUUUAAUUAUCUUGCCUUUGGCAAAUUGGGUUUUGUGUUACUUAAAAGAAUUUUCAGAUAGUUGGUAUAAAUUUGUAUUUGAUAGCUCUUUCUGCUAAAAAUUUUCUGUCCAUUAAUUUUUCAUAUUAAAAAGAAAAGCAUAAAAGAGAUGAUUUCACAGACUUAGAAGAAAGGAAAAUUACUAGACUUUUUAUCCUUAGAUAAAAUUUUGGUUUCUUCAUUCCUAAGAAAUUUCAUGGCUUCACGUGGCUUCACAUGGUAUAUGUUGUAAACCUUCUUCCUAUGCUUUUCAUACGAAAGCUUAUAACAUGUAAGAACAUGUUAUUCCAAUUUAAACACUGUUUCUAGAUUUGUCAUUUUUUCCCUUUAAUGUUUAUUAGAGAAAGGAAAAACUUUUUGUAUCAUUUAUCUAUUUUGCAAUCUUAAGUCCAGUUUUAGUAAUUGCAGGAAUUAGUUACCCCAUAGAGAAUAAAUGGACUUUCAAUUAUAUUAAGAGAGUA